GAAAUGGACUUUCGAAUCUUAAUGUACACUGUAAACACAAAAUCAUCUUGCUAUCUUGCUCUACUUGAAUAUUACCUGUACAAGUAAACGAAGAGCCAUAUUCAUUGCACUAUAUAUUGACUCCAAAACAGUGAUUCUUUUUUAUAUUUAAAAUAGUCUUGAAAAGAGAUGCAGUGUCAGUGAAUUAUAACUCUGGAAUUUCUGUUUUUUGAACGGAUGCAUACAGCAACAGCAUGAAAAUGGAAAAUACUAGUGUUGGUGAUAAAAUGGGUUUAGGCCAAGCAUCAGAAGACAUCGCAGUAAGUCAGGGAUUUCCACGGCAUCUUCGUAACCGACUGAAGAAAAUUACCUGCUGGAUUACUGCAACACUAUUGUUCCUGACGUACAACGUGUAUCUAGGGUUUUCUCUACAUCAUUCGUGGCUUUUGUCUAGUUCGUGGUGUCAUGAUGUUCGCCUUCUGGUACUUCUUACAGUCAUUGUUUACGGUAGUAUUGUAUACUAUGUACUUCUAAAACAAUGGCUAUUUCAACCUCUCAUCAACGUCUUCAUUGGUUGUUUUCGAAGGAUGCCAUACAGUGGCACUGGUUGGAUCGUGCUUUAUCUGGGUAUUGGUAUAUUCUUAAUUGUGGACACCAGGGACAAUCGCGCACGACUGAUAUCAGCAGGGGGUCUGGUAGUGUUGGUGGCGCUGGGCUACGUCUUUUCUGCACACAGAACAAAGGUAAAAUGGCGUCAGGUUUUAUGGGGCUCCACUUUGCAGUUUGGUUUUGGUCUGUUGAUCCUCCGCUGGGAUGUGGGCCAAGAAAUAUUUUCCUGUUUGGGUGAUAAGGUGAAGACGUUUUUAGAGUUUACGGACUUCGGCUCAACCUUCGUCUUUGGUUACCUGAUCACUGGAAAGAUGGAUGACUUACCUGUCCAGCCUGCGCCUUUUGCUUUCAAGAUUUUGUGCGUCAUUUUGUUCUUCAGUUUCUGUACCUCAGUCUUGUAUUACUGUGGAAUCAUGCAGCGCUUAGUUAUAAACAUUGGAUGGUUCUUACAGAAGACCGUGGGAACAACGUCCUGUGAAUCUAUGAACGCUGCAGGAAAUAUAUUCCUUGGUCAGACAGAGGCACCAUUGUUAAUUCAACCAUAUCUUCCCUUGUUGACGAAAUCUGAAAUACAUGCUGUGAUGACAGGUGGAUUUGCAUCCAUAGCGGGAAGCGUGAUGGCAGCUUUCAUCAGUUUCGGGGUUAGUCCAAGCCACCUGUUGUCAGCAUCUGUAAUGUCAGCUCCAGCAGCCUUGGCUUAUUCCAAAUUGUUUUAUCCGGAGACAGAAGAAAGUAGAACCGACGCGAAGAAUAUUUCUAUUGAAAAAGGCAAAGAACAUAACGUGCUAGAAGCAGCUACUAAUGGCGUGUCCUCAGCAAUUCCAUUAGUAGCAAACAUUGCUGCAAAUUUAAUAGCUUUCAUUGCCUUCUUGAGGUUCCUGGAUUCCUCUCUGACUUGGUUUGGAAGCCUGAUUGGUUGGGACUUCAUUACUUUUGAGUGGCUACUUUCCAAGAUAUUUGUCCCUCUAGCGUUCAUCAUGGGAGUUCCGUGGAUAGACUGCCAGGAAGUUUCUCGACUUAUAGGUAUUAAGACCACAGUAAACGAGUUCGUCGCUUAUGCUGAAUUAGGCAAAUUAAUAGAAAAACAAACACUUACGCCUAGGUCAGAGGCGAUAGCUACUUACGCCCUCUGUGGAUUUUCAAACAUUAGUGCGAUCGGAAUUCAGCUUGGAGCACUAGGAACCUUGGCACCAAGCAGAAAGAAUGACAUAGCAAGAGUUGCUGUUCGAGCUAUGAUAGCGGGAUCAGCUGCUUGUUUUAUGACCGCCUGUAUUGCAGGGACCCUGCUGGAUGAACCGAUUAACUCUACGCCGAAUUUUUCUGAGUGGAGCUUUUCUAUUCUUAGUUCAUUUAAUGACGUAAGAGCAGAUAACUCUUCAAAUUUGUUAGCAUAAAAGUUUAAGAAACCUACUAAAAUACUUAAAGCAUCAUUGGAUCAAGCAUUAUUGUAAAUAAAUCAAAAAAGUUAGUCAUAUAUAAUUUCACAGCUGACUUGAAUUAUAAAUAAUUGACCAGUGGUUCCGAAAAGUUUCGGGCUCGCGUACCAUUUUUUAAUUUUUUUAGAUUACAAACCCAGGCCUAAUUAAAAAAAAUAAAAACCUAGUGACAAAAAUUCAAAUUUUUAACACUUACCCAUUAUUGCGAAGUACGCGAUUGAUUUUUCUAGCGCGAUUGAAGAAUACGUGGUACCAUUUUUGUCAAUUUUAAGGGAAGAAAGUACUGGCGAGUCUAUGCAAGUAGAGGGUAAGUCUAUAAGUGGGGAGAGUAGCAUGUAUAUGUACGUGGAAAGAUCAGAGAGGGAUUCUUACACAUUUUAUGAUUUUCUAUGUUAAUUGUGUCGUGUACCAUCGACAUUAGCUCCACGUACCACAGUCUGAGAAUCCCUGACCUAGCCCAUUAGAUCAUAAUAAAUACACAAAAGUGGAAUGAUGGACUAUGAUAAUUUAAAUUCUGCAUCUUGUAAAACAUUGUCAUACAAAUGUGCCAAAUAAAAAAUAAUAAUAGUAAAAUAAACGUAAAUUUGUAAUUAAUCAGCUCAUCGAACAACUGAAUUUCACCUAGUGAAGUUUAUUCUGUUGUACUAGUGGUUAUUAAUAAUUAAUGGGGCAUAAAUACAAUUUGUUUUAUCGUUUUCUUUUCAGUAAAAUAUUGAUAAAUCCAUUCAAAGUAUGACAUUUAUGAAGCUUAGGUUUAUGAAAUUUUUGCAGUUCAUUUCUGAUCAAAGUAAACUAUCUACAUAAAUCAAAACUAAAAUUCAACCCAAUGAUUAAUGUGGUUACUCUGAUAUGCUGUUCUAACUAGACGUAUGCGAAGUCAGACUAUUUUACAAUAGUUUAAACUGUUCGACUCCUAUCUCAAAAGGCGACGAUUUCAGAAUUUCAUAACACACUGUCUUGUAUCAUGGGGUUGAGCGCCAUCUAGUAAGCACAUAACACAUUAACUACAUAAAACUGGUUUGUUUCAAAAAUCACCAAUAUGGAUUGUUUUAUUACUUAAUGCAUAGUCUAGUUAAUAUUCACUUGGAUUUAGUUGUCAGGGAAUUAUCUAACUGGUUAUUUAACUUA